ACGCGUGAAAUGCAUAUGAUAUGCAUUGUUAAUAUUUGAAAUAUAAGACGUUGUGUAUCAUUUAAUGACGUUUAUUUGUCUUAUUAUUUAUUGCAUGCCACAACUAUGUCAACGUUUACUUUUGGAACACCUACAACUUCGAGCAACGCAAGUUUUGGAUUUGGACAAAAACCUGCAACAGGUUCUAAUUUAACUAGUACACCUUUUGGUUCAAGUACUUCAGCACCAACGUUAACCUUUGGAACUCCAUCCACACCGGCAACAACAACUGGGCUUAAUUUUGGAUUUAAUAGUACACCUGCAACUGCCGCACAGACACAAUCAACUGGUUUACUUUUAGGAUCAAAUACAACUAGUACAACUACUGCGAGCAGUUUAUUUCCAGCCCCAACUACGUCUGCGCCUUUAUUUGGUGGACUUUCUUUUGGCACACCAGCAACAACUUCUACAUUGACAUUUGGUGCUCCGUCUGCUACAGCUACAACUGGAAAUGUCACCUUUGGUGCACCUACUACGACAACAUCACUUUUUGGUAGUGGUAAUUUAUUAGGAUCAAAAUUAGCUACUAGUGUUACUACAACUACCACAAGCACUAUCAAUAAAGGACUAGGGGGAUUAUAUAUAUCAUCAAGUAAUAAAGGAUUUUCACGAUCAAAUGCUGCUAAAGAAAAUAUUUGGCCACCAGAAUUAUUACAGACAAUAGAGAAAUUCAAAGAGUUUGUGAAGGAACAAAAGGUAUUGUCUUCGGAUAUAGCAAGGGGCUCUGCGAGACCAUUAAAUCGAUGUGCGGAAGAUACAGCAUCGUUGAUGGAACUUUUAACAACGUUAGCUGGUUCAGUUCAACGAGAUCGUUCUGCCGCUGAUAAGUUGAAACAAGACACGGCAAAAGCGUUACAAAGUUCUGAAGUAGCUCAAAGAACGCAUGAUACUCCACCAGGAUUACAAUAUGAAAAUAAUGCACCAUUAUUAUUUUUUAUGGAAUUGGCUGAUAGCUUUGAACAUGAUUUACUAUUAUUUAGAUCUCAAAUUGAAACAACAGAAAAACAUAUACAGACAAUGAUGACUCCAAAGACUUUAACUCCACAAGAAUUGACGAUGGCUAUGAGUAAACUUCACGAGUCUCUUGUUGCUGUUGCUGGUAAAUUGCAAGGCGUACAUUCGAAAGUACAACAACAAAAGGAACAGUAUUUAAACUUUAGAAAAUACGUUUUAAAAGAUAAUACAAACGUUUUUGAAGAUAUUAAACCAGAUGGAAAAAUAUCUCGAAGUAGUAUUGGAAAAAUUACAAGUGGUCCUACACCAUUUGGUCCAGGAAAUAAAAGUUUCCUUUCAUCAACAGCACUAAAUUCUAACAGACUAGGAAGUUAUGAAACACGAAAUCCAUUAGUUUGGGGAAAUACAAUACCAACACCAUCUGCUACUAACAUUACUCUAAGUUCGUCAUUGAAACCACCAACAGCAAGUUUGACCUUUAAUACUCCGCCAAAUCUUACUACACCUUUACCAACGAGUGAAUCAAACUCGAGUUUUCAACUUCAGAAACCUCCUGUUGGUAAUAAAAGAGGAAAACAUUAAAUCGAGUUUAUAUUUAUUCUCGUAUUGUUAAGAAUAUUUUAACAUAUGAUUAUAAAUAUCCUACUUGAUUUUAAUAUUAA